GGCGCCUGCAACGAGCCACAGCAGGGGAGGCCGCCUCAGCCGCUGCCAGAGGAGCUUGAGGCAGCCGCAGAUGCGGCAGAGGAGGCGGCGCCAGUGCCGCCAGAGGAGGAGCCUUCGGCGUCCGCAGAGGUUGCCGCAGAGGCGGCAGAGGAUGAGCCAGGCGAUGGCGAGUCGUGGGCACGGGCUGAGUCAGUAAAGAAGGAGGCUCGUGGAGCAGUGGAUUCAUUGUUAGAGGACUUGGACCUACAUGAUGUCCUUGUAGGCGGGGGACUCCACCAGACUGGUGACUGUGUCGGCGCCAGCCCCAGCCCGGCGCCCAGCCCCACAGCUGGCCGCAGUGACAGGGUGGAUGCUGCGCCGCCCCCGCCCCCGCCGCCAGCGCCGCACCCUGAAUCUGAGCCUCGCAAAGACAUGAAGCGGAAGGGGUCUCGGAGGCCUUGCCCCGUGUGCAAUGAGGUGCAUGAUAAGAUGCCAGCAAAUUCGCCAUACUGCUACAACCACAAGGAGAUAGUGGAGUUCGCAUGGCACCAAGCCUCCAAUCUACCGACAGCACAGGAGCGGGAACAAGCAAAGCAAUACUUCAUGCACUGCAGGGACAAGGACCCCGUCAAGUUCACGCAGCUGAUCCUUGAUGCGGAACAGCAUGCUGGGGAGAGGCGUGGGCGAGGUUUCAAGCGUAAGUGGUUGGAUUGGUCCCAGUACACUGAAAGGACGGCAGUGAAGAAGGAGGUAGAGGACGCUGGCAAGCUCAAGUGGUGUGAUUACGUCGACUGGACUUACUACUACACGGUCAAGCGGAUGAAGCCUAGAAGCGCGUCUGAUGAAGAAUGGAAGGAAGCUAUUGAAAAAACCAAGGGGACAGAAUGGCAGAGGGGCACUGGCGACACUGUUGAGAUUCUUGUGAAGAAGGGUGAUUACGUUUCCUACAAGCAGGCGCUGUCUCUUACCCAGGAAUGGGCGACAGGGGAAAAGCAGAAGAAGAAUCCUACGGAGGCCGACUACAAGAAAGCCAUGGAGAAGAUCAAGACAGGCCACGCGUCCUUCAGCGACUCUAUCUUCAAAGGGUUAACUGGCAGUGCCGCUGCUGCAAGUGCUGCGCCUCACGGGGAUCAUCAUGUCGGUAGCGGCGGCUUCGUUGAACUUGGUGCUGACGACGGCGAGCCGAAAAAGCAGAGGAAGCAGAAGCAUGAGCCUGUGCCGCUAUCCGCUGAAGGAGGAGGUCCAUCGUCUAAAAAGAAGGGCGUGAUCCUGGGUUCGCAGCAGCUGAAGGCGCAAGGUUCGCUGAAGAAUUCCCUCGACGCCGAGCUCGCUCACUGGGCGGGGAGUGGCGCGAAUGCCGCCGUUCCCGACCUGGUUGAACAAGGAAUCCGCGACUCCAAGCAUAAGAUCAAGGAUGAUGCUAUUCACAGUGAGGUAUGUGAGGGCCACUUGUUCAGUUUGAAAAUCCGCCUCGACGUGUUGAAAGCGAUCCACGUCGCUGAUCUGCAGAAUGUGAUUCGGGGCUUCGAUAACAAGUCCAAGGCGCAGCUCCCCGUCCCGGUGGACAGGUUGGCAGACGUGAAGGACAUCAAGUCCAGGAUCGCAGGGAUGAUGGAGACUGAGACCAAGGAGGCCUUGAAGACUUCAGAGGCGAGCAUCCAGCAACUGAUCAACUACAUCUCGCAGGUCCGCUCGGCCGUGAUGGUUGGCAUCAAAGACUUGGGUACAGCUGUGACUCAGUAUUACAAGCGGAUUGAAAGAGAGGAGAAGACUGCGCAGGCUCAGAAGGAGAUUACGAAGUACACAGACAUGGCAGACUUUGCGCAGAAAGGAAACGACGGCCGCGAUCCCUACAUCAUUGCCAAUGCUGACAAGAUUAAGUCGUACAUCGAGCAGGCUGGGAACAUCAAGGCUGGGAUGGCCUCGUUCACUGCCGCAUUCACGGACUCGGCUCAAGCAACGAUCACUGGCCGGGCGUCCUGCCCACUGAAUGCUUCGUCUGGCGCGGUGUCCAGCUUGAAAUCGAUGAUGCGACAGUGCGCUCCGCGUACACCCGAGACCUUGUUGGUCGAGGAUAAGAUUCCGACGCUGGGCACGAGCUUCAGCGGGGCGUUGGACACGCAUCGCAGUGCCUACUUCGAACACCUUGGGCUUGGAUCGAUUCGCUACGGCAUCAGCGGCACCCGGGACCUUGUGAUAUUCAAGUACGACUCCCUGGCCCACGCCUUUCCCGGGGAGGGCCCUUUCAACAUGUUGAAGCAGCUUUGCCAGGUGCCCGUCGAGAAAGUGAAGCCCAUCCUGGAGCUGGGUGUUUUCGUGCGGGUCCCUCCUGGGUCAUUGUUGGUGGUGCCACCUGCUCACAUCAUUCUGGAGGAGGGCUACAAGAAGCAGCAGACCAUCGGAUUGCGUGUGAGCUUCAUGGACUUGCGUCAGAAAAACAUUUACAGUAAAUUCAUUGCGUGCAUCCAGGAGAGUGACCCAAAGUUCGCCCAGCUCCCAACGAUGACCAAGGUGGUCAAAGCCCUCGAUGGGCUUGCGAAGUUGUCGAGUGAGUCUGCGGGGAGCCGCGAUGGCUGCCCGAUGGCCUCAGCG